AGCCAGUAGUCAGCAGCCACCACCAUAUCUCACCUACUGUUCUAUAAAUUCAUCAACAAAAAAAAAAAAAAACCAGUCAUCUUCUUCACAAGCACAGCCCAAUUAAACCAUGGCAGUUAUAACCGAAUUCCUCUCCCGCCUCUACACAGUAACCAUAAUCUUCCUCUGUCUGCUACUCCUCGAAGCCCUAAUUCUAUUCCGGUCAGUCACCGCCACCUUAAUCAACCACCACACCAAUAAACGUGUCAUCACCACAACAAAGUACAUCCAGCUAAUCGAAGAGAAGAAUCCAACGGUCAUCCACAGCUGCAAGCAAUCUCCGGUGGCGGAAUGCGCGGUGUGCUUAUCGGAAUUUGGCGACGGCGAUUAUGUUCGGAAGUUGGUGAAAUGUAAGCACGUGUUUCAUAGAGACUGCGUUGAUAAAUGGCUGCAGCAGUAUUUGGCCACGUGUCCGCUUUGUAGAACUAAAGUUCUGCCGGAUGAAAUUGUGGCGGCGUUUCAUGGAGUGAGAGAUCAUCGGAAUGGGUAUUAUUAUGAUGGGAGUGAUGAGGAGAUGAUUUUUUUGUUGUCUGCUUUACAUGGUAAUGGUUUACAGAGAAUUUUUUAGUUUUUAAUUAAUUUCUGAGUAUAAUUUUAUAGAUUAAUUUAUGGUUUA